ACUUGAGGAGCUUGACCCGCUUACGAGAGAGGACUUCGCUUGGAUGCCUCUACCCUCGACCGAAACCUUGCCAAGGCCGCAUUGCAACGCCUUGAUGGCAACUCUACGCUCCUAUUUGCACGCUACAGUACCAGCUCCGUUGACGGACGACGGAGUAGCUGUUGUCGAUCUCCGCUCCUAUCUUGCGAAGAUUGACCGCGAGUACGCCACCCAAAGGUACGCCGAAACCGAUGCACCUUUGCUCUAUAUCCGCAUUCAAAUCGGAAAGGCAGCCUGUAGUGCCUUGAUUGAUUGCGGAGCGUCUCGUAACUUUAUGAGCCAAGCCUUUAUGGCCCGCGCAGGUCUUGGCCCGCACGUUCGAGGGAAGACGCAACCUACGCAAGUUACACUCGCGGACGGCCGCACGCAAAAGUCAAUUGACCGAUGCGUUGACGGCGUUCCGGUCUACUUUGCGCCACUUGCGUGCGAGCCGGCGUCUUUUGACAUCCUCGACACCAAGUUCGAUAUGAUUCUAGGCAUGUCUUGGUUGCGUAGUGUCGAUCAUCCGGUGAACUUCCAUGACCGAACCGUUCACAUCCGUGAUCGGAACGGAGUGUUAGUCCCAUAUACAGUCGCGACCCCUCACACUUCGAUUGCUUGUCACGUGGUUUCCGUUGCGAGAAUUCGCGACUCCAUUGCUCAGAAUGACGUCGAGGAGAUGARCCUUAUAUUCUUGCAUGCUCUCCCCUCGCCGGACGGACCAGCCGCGUCACCGCCGGACCCACGCAUCACUCACCUCUUGAACGAGUAUGGAGACGUCUUCGAGGCGCCCACCGAAACGGUUCCAGAUCGGCCCAUACGUCACAGGAUCACUCUCGAGGCGGGCGCCGUCCCUCCGCGUGGAUGUAUCUACCGCAUGAGCGAAGAGGAACUCGAAGUGCUUCGCGCACAACUCGAUGACCUUUUUGACAAGGGCUGGAUUCGCCCUAGUUGCUCGCCAUACGGAGCACCUGUUCUCUUCGUCCGGAAGAAGAACAAAGAUCUACGGUUAUGCAUCGACUAUCGCGAACUUAACGCACAAACCGUAAAGAACGUCGGCGCUCUCCCUCGGAUUGAUGAUCUCCUUGAGCGGUUAGGCGGCGCGAUGUACUUCUCGAAGUUGGACUUGAAGUCAGGUUACCACCAGAUUGAAAUCCAGCCUCAAGAUCAGUAUAAGACCGCAUUCAAGACGCGGUACGGGUAUUUUGAGUGGGUUGUCAUGCCCUUUGGCCUCACCAAUGCCCCCGCAACUUUUCAAGCAGCUAUGACGACUGAGUUUCACGACUUGCUCGAUCGCAGCGUCCUCAUCUACCUCGAUGACAUCUUGUACAAAGCGAACCGCGACAAGUGCGAGUUCGCCAAGCAAGAGCUUGAGUAUUUGGGCCACUAUGUUACGCUGAAAGGCAUUCGUCCCUUAGCGGACAAGAUCCAAGCCAUCGUGGAUUGGCCGGAACCCCGUUGCACGACGGACGUACGCUCUUUCAUGGGAUUGGCUGGAUAUUAUCAGCGAUUCGUUGAUUCAUACUCGAAAGUGGCAGCUCCUUUGUCGAGACUUCAGUCCCCGAAGGUGCCCUUCGAGUUCGACGAUGCAGCCCGUGGAGCGUUCACUAGGUUGAAGGCAGUGAUGCAAGCCGCACCUGCCCUCCGUAUAUACGACCCCACCCUACCCACCCAAGUGACUACGGACGCUUCGGGAUACGGGAUUGGUGCGGUGUUGGAACAGUGUCACGAGGACGGUUGGCAUCCGGUCGAGUAUUUCUCCCAAAAGGUGCCUCUCGUAAACACUCUCGACGACGCUAGGAAGAAAGAGCUACUCGCAUUCGUCACCGUUCUCAAACGGUGGCGACACUUUCUUCUCGAUCGUCGACGUUUUAAAUGGAAUACGGACAACAAUUUGUUGACCUUUUACAAAACGCAGGAUACGGUCACUAGUACGGGGAUGUAUUACAUCGACCAGUUCGACUUUGACCCGUGCCACAUUCCCGGUCCCGCCAAUCGAGUUGCGGACGCCCUCUCACGACGGCCCGACUUUUGUGCCAUUGUGACCACGGCAUUCGACCUCGAUGACGAUCUGCAACCGCAUUUCGUCAAAGGCUACAARUCYGAUCMGACUUAYUCUACGCUYUACGCGGAGCUUUCAUCGGAUCACCCGCCGGCUAGCCACUAUCGGAUUGCAGACGGGUUCCUUCUCCUUCACACGAGAGGAAAGGACUUGUUAGUUGUGCCCCAAGAUCGCAUUUUACGAACUCGUCUUCUCGGCGAAUUCCACGACGCACGACUUUCGGCACACCUUGGCGUGAACCCCACUGGCCCGACGUCCUUCAUGACGUCACGAGGUACAUUGAGUCAUGUGCAGUUUGCCACCGUAACAAGGGUCAAUCUCGUUUCCCCUUCGGCAAACUGAAACCUUUGUCGAUCCCUCGGGCACCACGCCUCUUCAUUGCUAUGGACAUGA